AAGUGUACAGGGGUCUCCGUGUUCCUAUCUUCUGCUAUAAAUAGAAACUUCUAAGUUCUGAAAAUUAGCAGUUUUGUCUCCUUCCAAAGAAAGCUCGUUGAUCGGUUCCUUAUCCAAUCCAUUUAUUAUUAUAUAUAUACACAUUAUAUUAUUCCAUACCCUAUCCAAUCCAAGAUCUUCUCGAUUAUCUGCCGAUUCAAUUCCGCGUCACCAUAUCGGUAUCUCUAUCCCUUCCCAGAUCCCAAUGCUACCCUUAAAUUAAUUCUGUUUUCUGUUAUUUCCAUGUUUUCGUAGACUUCAUUCAUUUCUUUGCCCAUAUUGAUCUGGGGGUUUCUUUUAUUGUCUUCUUAAGGUCGUGAGCUGGGGUUGUUUUUCUUUCCAUCUCUGCGUCUGUUUAAGGUAGCUUGGGUCUGGGUUUUUUUGGGUUUCUUUCUUCUCCGAUACUUGGGAAUCUUGAUUUGAUUCGGUUGUUAUGUAAAGUUCGAGUGUGAAAUUUUUGGCUUCUUUUCGGGGGAUUCUGCUUCUUCUGGGUUUUCUUGGUUUUUUACGGUUGAUCUUUUUUGGUUAUUGAUUCUCACUUGGAAAAAAGACUCUAAUUUCAUUAUUAAAUUGGGAAUCAGGGUUUUCUUUGUAUGGUUCAGAUUUUCUUUGUCUUGGUUCAUAUGAUCGAGUGAGGAAAUUUGUGGGUGUCGGAGUUCAGGGUGGUAAAUAUUUGGUUUGUCAAGGAGAUAUUCCAUCGACUUGGGGGAAUCAAGAUCAGGAAAAAGAGGCUGAAAUCCUCUAUUAAUUUCAGUCGAUAUUUUGUGAUGUGAUGAAAGUCAAUACUAGGAUUGAUUUUCUCGUGUGAUGGAAUUAUAAUUCCUCUGUUUCUUCUUUUAGUUUUUAUAGAUUAAGAUUCAAAGCACCAAAAAGCUGAAAGAUUAGUUUGUUGAGAACAAAAAAAAGAGCUCAAAGAUCGAGCUUAUAGGUUAUAGUUAUACAGAAGUCUGAUUGUUUUCGUAUAUUUGUUUGAGCAACAUUCAGUGUAUUGGGAAACUCAUUUAAUCACUCGUCUGUUACUCUAUUUCCCAUUAUACCUCAAAGUAGAACCUGCGGAGUAUAUCUCUUUUUCUUGUAAAUAUUGACGUUGUUUUAGGCUUUGUAUUGCUCUUACAAAAAAGGGUUUGGCUAGACCAACAUACCCAUCUGGUGAAUUUUUCUUUUUCUUAGCUUUCUGUCUUUCAGUGUGUGAUCCAAGAACCGAGGAUAGAAACCAUCUAAAGACAUACCCCUUUUGUUUCAAACAAAUAUGGAUAUAAGUAAUGAGGCCAGUGUUGAUCCAUUUUCAAUAGGACCUACAAGUAUAGUUGGCAGGACAAUUGCUUUUAGAAUCUUAUUCUGCAAGUCAAUUUCACAUUUGAGGCAUCAAGUCAUUCAUAUCUUGGUGAGUAUCAUCUUUAGAUUUAAGGAUAUUCUGGCACCAUUUAUAUCAUGGCUGCAUCCCCGAAAUCCACAAGGGAUACUGGCAAUGGUGACAGUCAUUGCAUUUAUAUUGAAAAGAUACACUAAUGUGAAGUUGCGAGCUGAAAUGGCUUACCGGAGGAAGUUUUGGAGGAAUAUGAUGAGAACUGCAUUGACAUAUGAGGAAUGGGCCCAUGCUGCGAAGAUGCUUGAUAAAGAGACACUGAGGAUGAAUGAUUGUAAUCUUUAUGACGAAGAACUUGUAAGGAAUAAGGUUGAAGAGCUCCGACACCGUCGCCAAGAGGGAUCUCUUAGAGAUAUAAUUUUUUGUAUGAGAGCUGAUCUUAUAAGAAAUCUUGGUAAUAUGUGCAACCCUGAGCUUCACAAGGGUAGGCUUCAAGUGCCAAGGCUCAUUAAGGAGUACAUUGAUGAGGUCUCCACUCAGUUGAGGAUGGUAUGCGAUUCGGACUCAGAUGAGCUGUCAUUAGAAGAAAAGCUUUCUUUCAUGCAUGAAACAAGGCAUGCAUUUGGAAGGACUGCAUUGCUUUUGAGUGGGGGUGCUUCACUUGGGGCUUUUCAUGUUGGUGUAGUCAAAACUCUUGUAGAGCACAAGCUUCUGCCCAGGAUAAUUGCCGGUUCUAGUGUAGGAUCUAUCAUGUGUGCCGUUGUUGCCACCAGGUCAUGGCCAGAGCUGCAGAGCUUCUUUGAGGAUUCUUGGCACUCAUUGCAGUUUUUCGACCAGUUAGGUGGAAUCUUUACAGUGGUAAGGAGGGUUAUGACACAGGGGGCUCUUCACGAGAUAAGACAAUUGCAAUGGAUGCUGAGGAAUCUCACUAGUAAUCUUACAUUUCAAGAAGCGUAUGACAUGACAGGUCGAAUUCUUGGGAUAACUGUCUGCUCCCCGAGGAAGCAUGAACCACCUAGAUGCCUGAACUACUUAACUUCACCUCAUGUUGUUAUAUGGAGUGCUGUCACUGCUUCCUGUGCCUUUCCUGGUCUGUUUGAAGCCCAGGAACUAAUGGCAAAAGAUAGAAGUGGAGAGAUUGUUCCUUACCACCCACCCUUCCAUUUGGAUCCUGAGAAGGGUUCAGGCACAUCUGUGCGUCGAUGGAGAGAUGGUAGCUUGGAGAUCGACUUACCUAUGAUGCAGUUGAAGGAACUUUUCAAUGUCAAUCAUUUCAUUGUAAGUCAGGCAAACCCACAUAUCUCACCUUUACUGCGGCUGAAGGACUUUGUGAGAGCUCAUGGAGGUAGAUUUGCUGCCAAGCUUGCUCAACUUACUGAGAUGGAGGUUAAACAUAGAUGCAAUCAAAUACUGGAACUUGGCUUCCCACUCGGGGGACUCGCCAAGCUUUUUGCCCAAGAUUGGGAAGGUGAUGUGACCGUGGUUAUGCCUGCCACUCUUGCACAGUACUCGAAAAUCAUACAAAACCCAACACAUGGGGAGCUUCAGAAAGCUGCCAAUCAAGGGAGGAGGUGCACUUGGGAGAAGCUUUCGGCCAUAAAAGCAAACUGUGGGAUUGAGCUUGCUCUUGAUGAGUGUGUUGCAAUUCUCAAUCACAUGCGUAGACUAAAAAGAAGUGCCGAGAGGGCAGCAGCUGCCGCCUCAUCUCAUGGGCCAAGCAAGUUCAGUGCUUCGAGAAGAAUUCCUUCGUGGAACUGCAUUGCACGAGAGAAUUCAACCAGCUCCCUCGAAGAACUUCUCCUUACAGACACUGCUCCUACUUUUCAUCAGGGAGUUGGCUCAUCGUCAGGGGCACCCAUUGGUAGGAAUUUACGUAGCCAGCGAAAUGCACAUGAUGGGAGUGACAGUGAAUCUGAAAGUGUAGAUUUGAAUACUUGGACACGAUCUGGUGGGCCCCUGAUGAGGACAACUUCUGCAAAUCUGUUCAUAGAGUUUGUCAAAAACCUGGAUGUUGCUGAAUUAGCAAAUGGUUUAAUCACUCAUCCAAUCUCUCCUGGGAUUACAAUGGGGAGCAGCAGGGAUCCAUAUAAUCAGAGCUCAAGAAUUACAACACCAGAUAGAGGUUCAGAAAAUGAAUUUGAUUUGAGGGACCAUGGCAUUAGAACGCCAGUUAAUGGCUCUAGCAUUACAGUCACCGAAGGCGAUCUUCUGCAGCCGGAAAGGAUCCAUAACGGGUUUGUUCUUAAUGUUGUUAAGCUAGAAGACUUGACACUCUCAAAUAGGAAUCAGGAUUUCGAGAAUUUCAAUAGUGAGGUACCCGAAUGCGUACAACUUGAUUCUCCUGAAAAGGAGAUGGAUGCAAGUUCAGCUUCGGAAGACGGAGAUGACGAGAUGGCUGCAUCAAAUUCCCCAAAUAGAAUCCCUGCUAAUGAUGUUGUUGACUCCACGGAUACUUACACUUCCAGCCAACACGAUGGUAAUGUACAGAGUUCUGCUGAUCAUUGAUUUUGAGUCUUGGGCCACCAUUGAUUGUCUCAGUAAGCUUUGCCUGCUGAACAGUCCCCCGGAAUUGAUUCUGAUACUGCUGUCCUUCUGAAAUCAUUUAGCAAUGGCCACUGAUGAUGUGGGAAUUCAUCAGAAUUUUCAGAGUCAUGAAAAUCUCUAGUGCAGAAUUUACUUUUGCCAGGAAAUUUGUCUUGGUGUUUUUUCAUUUUCCACGAAAGUUCAAUUGAGAUUCAAACUUCAAAGUUCAAGUUGUUUCCCAACCACCAAGGCUUGGAUAGAUAUAUGGAGAUUUGGUGGGGAAGUGGUUUGAUUUUGUCACGGGAGUGGGUUGACUGUAUGUAGAGUAAUCAGAUCUUCCAUGAAGAUAGGAAUCACCAUAGCUGUCUGCCUAACAGCAGAGCAUAGUUAAAAAGUGUUUUGUUAUGUAGCAAUCUUGUUGUUUUUUAAUUUUUUUAAGACAAAAAAAUUCAUAAUUGGUUUACACACUCACAUGUUAUAGAAAAAUGAAGGUGCCAUAUUUUACA